AAAAAAAAAAAAAAAAACGAACACACUUCGGUCCUUUUCUUUUCUUUUUCUUUUUCCUUUAUACAUAAAACUUGUACGUUAGCUAAUAUGAACCAUGAUGAAGAAUCUCCUUUAAUUCCAAGAAAUGACAAUCAGUCUAAUGGAUCUUGGAGACAAAAAUUUCAACGAAUUACACACAAACAUCGUUUUCGUAUUAUUAUUAGUUGGCUCAUUAUACUUUCUAUAACUGCUGUCUUGACUCUAUCUUUACAUUUUACUCUUAAAGAUAAAGAAAUGCCCCAUGUAUCAGAUAAUAAUGAAAAUUUGAAUGAAAUGUGUGUAUCCGAUCGUAGUUGGUUUGUUGCCUUAAUGCUUUCUAUCUUCUUUGGGCCUCUAGGCAUUGAUCGUUUCUAUCUUGGUUAUAUUUUCCUUGGUAUCAUUAAACUUUUAACUGCUGGUCUUGGCGGUGUUUGGUGGACUGUCGAUGUCAUUUUAAUUGCUUUAAAUGUUUUAAAUGAUCAUCCUCAUGGCUGUCAUCUUCGAUAAUAAUCAUAAUAAUAAUCAUAAUCAUAAUAAUAAAUUACAGUGUAUUACACAUAUUUUACUUUAUUAUUUAA